AUGGUCGGGCCGCAAUUCUCGUGUUCCUUUUCCUUUCCUUGGGGACUGGCACUGACAACAACAAAAACAGACUUCGAUUUUGGUGAUGCAAAGCUAAUCGAGCUCUCGAGCCGGUUGAAGUUCCCAUGGCUGCUUUCAAAUGGUUUUCACCACCCUGCUGGAGAUCGAAAAAGAUUGCUCGGUUCUGGUCAAGAGUAUCUCGUCCGGCACCUGGACAAUGGUCUUCGAGUUGGAUCCAUAGGGCUUGCUGGGACUGACUGGCCAUCAAAUUGCUCGGCCCUGCCACCCUGCGAGAUUGAAUCACCGGUUCAAGCCGCUUGUCGUUUAGCACGCCACCUGCGGGUAAAUGAGCGCUGCGAUCUAGUUAUUGCACUGACGCACAUGCGAGUCCCGGAAGAUAUGGACGUAGCGAAUGCAACUGCCACGGGAGACAGCAGAAUCGACUUGCUACUCGGCGGGCAUGACCAUGAAGUAGUAAGAAGGUUUGCAGGCGACACAGAUUUAACUGCAGAGAACGUCGAGCAGGGACGCAAAGUCUCUGACCUUGAAGUCGACGGGAGGCUUCCUGAGGCUGAAGGCAACAUCAGACUCGUCAAGAGCGGGACAGACUGGAGAGCCUUGUCGCUAGUACGACUGAUUGUUCAAAGAGACGAAAAUGGGACAGUGGUAGGGUCUACCGUGAAAUUGCAACAAUACACCGAUACCCAAGCCGCCAUAGCGACACCGCAGCCACCAUCCAACGUAAUCGAAAUGCUAGAGGAAAUCCACGGUCGAGUUGGAAAGCGAGUCCAAAAGCCGCUCUUGCACUCUGCUGUCCCGCUCGACGGCCGCAACUUUGCAAUUCGAAGCCAAGAGACAAACCUUGGCAAUAUGCUGGCUGACGCCGUUCGGGCGUUCUAUGACACCGAGGUGGGCUUCUUCAACGGUGGUGGGGUCAGGAGUGACCUGAUCCUGAAGGCUACCGUGCCCGACGGCGAACCCUUGCUAGUCAGAGACAUUAUCAAUAUUUGCCCAUUUGGGAAUAGCCUUGUCGUCAAGCGGCUCACGGGCGAAGCCAUCCGGCUUGCACUAGAGAACUCCGUGUCUGACAAGCAUACGGAUGGCCGAUUCCUGCAGAUCUCGGGAUUGCGGAUGGUAGCGAGCUGGCAACGGCCGGAAGGGUCUCGGGUUGUAGACGUCUUUCUCGAAAAGCCUAAUGGUAGCCUUGAGCCGCUGGAGCCAGUCCGUACCUAUACUGUCGCCAUGCCAGGAUUCAUCGCGCAGGGGUUCGACGGCUUUUCCUGGUUUCCACAGAUGGAGACCAUCGUAGGGGAAGAAGCAGCAAUGACGGAUUCAGGUUUGCUCCUUGCUAUGCUUGGGCACAGCGAAGAACGCGCGGAUGGCGAUUCAGAUCAUAAUGCUCAUGCCACGGGCAUUGAGCGAGCCCGCACGCUGACUAUUGUCGGCCAAACCCCUUCUGAUUCUUUACCCAUUGUGAGUCCUGUUGUAGAAAAUAGAAUCAGGUUUGUCGGGUUAUAG